UAUUGAAAAAGUGUAGAGUUUGUGUUUGUGCGAGACAAAAAAAAAUGAUAUAAUAUAUAUAAAACCACAAUAGGGUUAACCGACGAAACACAAAAUCAGCAUUUUAAUUACUCUUUUAAACCAUUUUUUCAUUGUUGUGUUACAAAAUGCAUAUAAUUCGCUACAUGUGAUCAAGUUUCAUUUCCCGGUCAUAACAAACAUGUAUCAAAGCAAGAUCGAGGAGCUCCAAACUUACUUCAAAAGCCACUGCAAAAUCAAAGAGUAUUCGGGACAUUCCUCUAAAGUUCACUCUGUGGGGUGGAGCUGCGACGGUAAGCGCUUGGCUUCUGGGUCCUUUGAUAAAUCCGUCUGCAUCUACACUCUGGACAGAGAUCGAUUGAACAAAGAAAUCACCUUCAAAGGCCACGGCGGCUCCGUCGACCAACUCUGCUGGCACCAAUCCCACUCCGACCUCCUCAGUACAGCCAGUGGCGACAAAUCAGUGCGCAUCUGGGACACCAGAAUCCAGAAAUGCGUCGCCACCAUCAACACAAAGGGCGAGAACAUCAACAUCACGUGGUCUCCCGACGGAAACGCCAUAGCGGUGGGGAAUAAAGAAGACCUCGUAACUUUCAUAGACGCGAGAACCCACAAAAUCGAAGCUGAGGAACAGUUCAACUUCGAAGUGAACGAGAUCUCGUGGAACAACACCAGCGACUUGUUCUUUCUGACGAACGGGCAAGGUUGUGUCCACAUCUUGAGUUACCCGGAGUUGAAAAGACAACACAUUUUGAAAGCCCAUCCUGGAACGUGUAUUUGUAUAGAGUUCGACCCCACGGGGAAGUACUUCGCGACGGGGAGCGCGGAUGCCUUGGUGUCGCUGUGGGACAUCAACGAAUUGGCGUGCCAGAGGGUGUUCACAAGGAUGGAUUGGCCGGUGAGGACGAUUUCGUUUAGUUACGACGGGCAACUCCUGGCCUCCGCCUCCGAGGACCUGAUUAUCGACAUCGGGUUCGUGGAAACGGGCGACAAAAUCGCCGACAUUUCCGUUGAAGCAGCGACCUUCACGGUAGCUUGGCACCCAUCAAUGUACUUUUUAGCGUACGCUUGCGACGACAAGGAUGCCUACGACAGGAAGCGGGACGCCGGGAGUCUCAAAGUGUGGGGCUUUCCGUCAGACUAACACGUUUGAAAAAAUUAAUACAAAUUUAUAAACUCAAUUUUUUUACAUUGCUCUUCUUAUAUAAUUAAAUGAUAAAACUAUGAUACAUCCA